CCUAGCAGCCGGGCAGAGUGCUGGUGUCGCCCCACAACCGCCGCGCUCCAAAACCCCCUGGUGCGCUCGCUCUCUAGAGCGGAGUGCCACGCAGCCCACCGCCCCCGCAGGCCUGCACCACGCUCCGCCCUGGACGCCGCUCGUCCCGGCGCCGGGGUGCGCGCGGGUGGGAGCGGGCCCGGCUCAUCCUGAUUUACGGCUCUGCUGAAAACCGCUUCGCUCCCACAGCAGUAGCACCGGCCGCAGCAGCAGCAGCAGCAGCGGCUGCAGGUGCAGCAACAAGUCGGGACUUUUAGAGUAAUGCAACAGAAGGCUUUUGAAGAAAGCAGAUACCCCUGGCAGGGAUCCUUUGAGAAUGUUGCUGUGUGCCUGCCAUUCCGCUGCCCGAGGUGCGGAGACCAUACCAGGUUUAGAAGCCUGUCGUCGUUGAGGGCCCAUCUGGAAUUCAGUCACAGCUACCAGGAAAGAACCCUAUUGACAAAAUGCAGCCUCUUUCCAUCCCUCAAAGACACAGACCUAGUCACUUCCUCAGAACCCCUGAAACAGGGGAAAUUGCAGAACUGUGGCAAUGUAGUAAAGCAGAAACCCAGCUAUGUUAACUUGUAUAGCAUUUCGCAUGAACAUUCCAAGGACAGGAAGCCAUUCGAGGUGGUGGCAGAAAGGCCUGUGUCCUACGUGCAGACCUACACUGCCGUGGACCUACGUGCUGACUCUCUGGAUGAGCUGCGGUCCAGUCCCGGACUUCCCAGCCCAGACGCCAAAGCUGCUUUCGAGGCCCAUAUCCGAGAAAAAUUCAAUCGGAUGGUUGAGGCAGUGGACAGGACCAUCGAGAAGAGAAUCGAUAAACUCACCAAAGAGCUGGCCCAGAAAACUGCAGAACUGUUGGAAGUCCGGGCAGCUUUUGUCCAGCUGACUCAGAAAAAGCAGGAAGUUCAGAGGCGAGAGCGGGCCCUAAAUAGACAGGUGGACGUGGCCGUGGAGAUGAUCGCAGGGCUGAGGCAACGCCUGACGGAAUCUGAGGAGGAGCUUCUCAGGAAAGAAGAAGAAGUUGUUACAUUCAACCAUUUCCUCGAAGCAGCAGCAGAGAAGGAGGUUCAAGGGAAAGCUCGGCUCCAGGACUUCAUUGAGAAUCUGCUGCAACGAGUAGAACUGGCCGAAAAGCAGUUAGAGUACUAUCAGAGCCAGCAGGCCUCCGGCCUCUGCCGGGAUGUCAGGGAGCAUGUGCUUACAGAUAUCUCUUCAAACAGGAAACCCAAAUGCCUAAGCCGAGGGCACCCACAUUCAGUGUGCAACCACCCGGAUCUCAAGACUCAUUUUCAUCCAAAGGGAAGGAGCUACCUGAAAAAAGCCAGGGAUGACAGAGCCAGCCUGCAGCCUGCUAAGUCCAUCCAUGAACAGGCCGAGACCCCAAGAGAACUCUGCAGACCACCAAAGAAAGGCGAGCCUCUGGGGUUUAGUCGGAAAGGCAACAUCAGGCCCAAAAUGGCCAAAAAAAAGCCAACAGCACUCGUGAACAUCAUCUAAUAGGGUAUCUGAAGUAUUCAUUGUACACUGCUUUCUAAAGUGGUUUCUGAAAUCAGCAGUACAUGUGGGAUCCAGAAUCUGAGACUGUCUUCCUCUCCUGCCCUGAAAUGGCCUUUGCUUCCACAAAGACCCAUCUGUUAAGAAUCUCCUGUUUUAUGACUUUCUUCAAGAAUGAACUUUCAUGGUUUUUAAAUUUAAUAUUAUCCUCAAGUCUCCUGCAGAGUUUACAAGUGCUGACAUCCUCUUGGAAAUAAGAAUAAUUAUGUACACAAAUAUAUACAUGUAUACAUAUAUAUAACAUACAAAAUAUAUAUGUCAAGUAUAUUAGUUUAUUUUUAAAUACUCAUGGAAAAGGUGUGUGUUUGUGGUGGGUGGUUUUUAAACUAUAUGUGUUAGCUCAUGUAAAUUGAAUUCUGUCAUUUUAAAAAUUAAAACUGUAACCUAAUUAAGAUUAGUAGAAUUAUGAUUAUUACAAUAAACAUCAGAUUAGCAAUGCAUUAAAAAUAGGUAAUAAAGCAAUUACUUAACAUGACAGUACAUUGAAAAGUAUAACUUGUCGUUAUACAAAUAUUUUUAACCUGUUAUAGUGAAAAUGUUGAUUUUUUAAUCUUCACUUUGACUUUCGGCUCUUGGGGGUGGGCCAUUCCUGUGGUGUAAAGGCAACUAUCAAGUGGGAAAAAUGUUGCUGUGAAUAUCACUGUUUGGGCUAACACUGUAAAAUUGUGAUGUUAUAAUUAUUUACUUGGGGAAUUAAUAUUCCCCAAGGUUAUUUAUUCCUGAUGUUCAUACCAUGAUUGCACUUUGGCCUUUACACACUGAAAACUGACUUGUUGAUUGUAUUGCAUGCUGAUGGUCCUAUAACAUGUGUGUGCAGCCACAACUUGUUUUUACAGGUGGUGUAACCAGACUAUUUUUCUAAUUUAUUUAAUGUAAAGUACAUUUUCGAUUUUCAUUUGAUAUGCCGAGAGAGAGCAUGACAGCUUUCUUUGACGGUGGUACCUGUGAUCUUCAGAAAGCACCAUGUCGUUUUACUCUAUGUACAUUACACAAGGGAGGUGAUUUUUAAGAUGUAUUAUAUUUAAAUUUUUUUAAGUUUCAACUAAAGUGUGAUCCUCACACAAGCAAACGCAUCACAUAUGUUGUGCUUCCUUAGGCACAUAAAUUCGCUACAGAAACGUGAAAGCUAGCUCACUCCUACAGAUACCCUACUUCCAUUCCAUGGCCUGAGCUGGCUGCCAUGGCCCCCUUGUGUCUUAUUUUCAAUUUUCUUUUUUUGUCUACAUGGGAAGCCAACCUUAGAGUUGCUCUUUGGAAGAAAUCACCAGAGUUCUGGGAAAACAUGUUAAAGGUUAAACUCAAGAAUGGAUCUAAUUUGUUUUGUAAGGAAAAUAAUCUUUAUUUGAACUGUUUUUUCAUGUUUCCCCCCAAACUAGGUUACAGAUUCUUAACUGCAAAAUUCAGAUUUCUUAGAGACUGUUUUCCAGUAUUUUGCAGGGUCGAUCAGUUGUCCUGUAGUUGGAAUAUUCUCUUCCAAGAAUUAAAAAGAAAGUUUUUAAAUUAUGAAAUAUUAUAAUAAUAAAGCUAUAUUUCUGAUUAA